AUGGCUGCUGUUUGUAAGAAGGCGAUAGCCAUCUACAAACAGCUGGCCAGGGCGGCAAAGGUGAACUGGGGUCUGCACCCAGAAGUUACGAGGACAAUAUACACAGCGGUGGUGGAGCCGAUAAUCAUGUAUGCGGCAAGCGCGUGGUCGGAAUCGGUGACGAAGAUAGAGUUCCGGAAGCAGCUGAGCGUGGUGCAGAGGGGCUUCGCCCAAAAAAUCUGCAGGGCUUACCGCACGGUGUCCCUGAACUCCGCACUGGUACUGUCAGGAAUUCUCCCUCUAGACCUACGUAUACGUGAGGCUGCCUCACUGUACGAGGCGAGGAGGGGGAGGGCCGAUGGGCUAGUGGGAGACAGGGAUGUCGAACGGAUGACGCCAGCGGCAGACAAGCCCCAUCCGGCCGAGCAGGGGAGGCUGGAGUUCCGGGACCUGGUAGACGAGGAACAAUAUAAAACAGCGCAACAAGACUGCGAAAUAAGAAUAUUCACCGAUGGGAGCAAGAUUGAGGGCCGGGUCGGUGCGGCUCUGUCGGUAUGGAACAGGGCGACCGAAACAAAGGCCCUCAAGCUUGCUCUCUCGGCACACUGCACCGUCUACCAGGCGGAACUCCUGGCUCUGAGCAGGGCGGUUGGGAUAGCAUCAGAACAUCCUGCUACCACAAUCGGCAUUCUCAGCGACUCCAGGGCAGCACUGCAAACGGUUGCAAAUCCGAAAGCCCCCACCCCUAGCACACGCGGGGUGGGAAGGAAACGAGAGGGCGGACCAUCUCGCCAAGGAAGCGGCCCUGAAGUCGAAGAGGAGGUCAGACUACGACUGGUGUCGGUCUCAUUCGCCAAACGUCUGAUCCGGGAUCGGACGAUUGCCGAAUGGGAUAGGCGGUACCAGUCUGGCGAGACUGCUUCCGUAACAAAACUCUUCUUCCCGAGCGCGGCCGAUGCGUACAGGGUCGUCGGCAAAAUCACCGCAGACAAAUACAUCACCCAGCUGUUCACGGGACACGGCGGAUUCCGAGCGUAUCUACACCGUUUUCGGUGCCGCGAGAAUCCGUCGUGCCCAUGUGACCAGCACACACCCGAAACACUAUUACACAUUAUGUCACAAUGCCCUCGCUUUGGAAGGAAAAGAAUGGACUUAGAAAUAGAACUAGGAAUCGAAAUAAAAACAGAAAACUACAAGGAAAUUAUAAAGCAUAAAGAGCACAGAGAAAAGUUUUUAAAGUACGCAACAGAAAUAAUAAACAAGGUAUCAAACAUAAACAGCGAUAAGUAA